UCCCACAUCCCGUGAUCAGUGGCCACGGGUUGUUCUGCACCACGACCUUUGAGAUGAGCUGUGCUCGUCCCACGGCAUCUGGAGCCCAGCUGCCCCCCAGGUAAGAGCCCUGGCACCCCCAGGUAAGAUCCCAGACCCCACUGUCGGUGGUUGUGGGCAGUGACCAUGUGCUGCCGCUUUUCCACAAGCACGGUGGGGGACUUUGUCCCUGCUGUCACCGUGUCUCUCAGUGCUGCUGUCCUGACCUGCUGCCGCCCUGGCAGAGCAAUGGCAGCGGUGUUGGCUCUGCUGGUGGCCUGGCCAGCUGCCACUGCAGCAGUGACGGUGACACGGGACUCGCUGCUGAAUGUCUGCAUGGAUGCCAAGCACCACAAAACAGAGCCUGGCCCUGAGGGGCAGCUCUAUGGGCAGUGUGUCCUCUGGAAGGACAAUGCCUGCUGCACUGCCAACACCAGUCUGGAAGCUCACCAGGACCAGUCCUACCUGUACAACUUCAACUGGGACCACUGUGGGGCCAUGCCAGAGAAGUGCAAGCGCCACUUCAUCCAGGACACGUGUCUCUAUGAAUGUUCCCCUAACCUGGGGCCAUGGAUCGACCAGGCAGACACCAGCUGGCGGAAGGAGCGGAUCCGGGAUGUGCCACUGUGUCAGGAGGACUGUGAGCAGUGGUGGGAGGAUUGCCAGGAUGCUGUCACCUGCAAGGUCAACUGGCACAAGGGCUGGAACUGGACUACAGGCACCAACCAGUGUCCCAAGGGCGCCAUGUGCCAGAAGUUCAAGUUUGUGUUCCCCACGGCGGCUGCGCUCUGCGAGCAGGUCUGGUCUGGCUCCUACCGCUACACGUCCCACCACCGUGGCAGCGGCCGCUGCAUCCAGAUGUGGUUUGACCCCGCGCAGGGGAACCCCAAUGUUGCUGUCGCCCAAUAUUACGCCCAUGGCAAUGCUCCCCCAAACUCCCUGCCCUCUAUCCUGCUGUCCCUGCUGCCCCUCACCCUGCUGGCCCUGCUCUGAGCAGGAGGAGCUGCAGGCAGGAGCGGGCAGUAGAUUGUCAGGGGAGUCCCCAGGCUGCCUUGUGCCUCCCCAUGGGGUGUCCCCAAGCUGUGUCCCCCCACCCCGAGGCAUGUGGCCCAUGAAUAAAUGCUGCUGCCCUGCUUGGUCUUGGGUGUUGUGUGAUGGUUGUGGGGGUCAAUAGGAUGGUUGAGAGACCUGAGGGUGUCUGCUUAUCCCAUCCUGCUUCUGGUGGGGAGAUGAGGCAGACAUCACUCCUAUUCACUUGUACCGACCAACUUGGCUACCCAGCACUGCCUCCCCCAAACCACUGUACAGGCACACGGCUGCCUGCCACUGGGGCCCAGGAGGAUGGGAUCGCUGAAUGUGUCCUAGCACCUGACACGGAUCCAGGGCCCCGGGCGUCACUGACACGCUGGGGUGCACAGGAUGAGACUGGGAAAAUUAUGGGCAAAAAGGGGAGGAUAUCCCGGGGACCCUGAGGUGGGAGCAUGGUUGUCAAGGGAG